UCUCACAGACCUGCUCCCCUCAGCUCUACUCUCCACACCUCUGCCCUCCUCGGCCUCCUCGCCUCCAGGAACCAUGUCUUACAAAUCCACCGUGAAGACUCAAAGCAGCAGCCGCCGUGGCUUCAGUGCCGGCUCAGCCAGAGUCCCUGGGGUCUGCCGCUCUGGCUUCAGCAGUGUGUCUGUGUCCCGCUCCAGGGGCGGUGGCGGUCUGGCUGGAGUGUGCGGAGGAGCGGGCUUCGGCAGCCGCAGCCUCUACGGCGUGGGGGGCUCCAGGAGGAUCGCCAUCGGAGGGGGCAGCUGUCUCAUCGGUGGCGGAUACGGUGGCAGAGUUGGAGGCGGCUUUGGCUUUGGUGGUGGAGCCGGGAGUGGAUUUGGUUUUGGCGGUGGAGCUGGUGGUGGCUUUGGGCUCGGUGGUGGCGCUGGCAUUGCUGGCGGCUAUGGGGGCUUUGGCUUCCCUGUGUGCCCCCCCGGAGGCAUCCAGGAGGUCACCGUCAACCAGAGUCUCCUGACUCCCCUCAACCUGCAAAUCGACCCCACCAUCCAGAGGGUCAAGACCGAAGAGCGGGAGCAGAUCAAGACCCUCAACAACAAGUUUGCCUCCUUCAUUGACAAGGUCCGAUUCCUAGAGCAGCAGAACAAGGUCCUGGACACCAAGUGGACCCUGCUGCAGCAGCAGGGCACCAGGAUUGUGAGGGAGAGCCUGGAGCCUUUGUUUGAGCAGUACAUCAACAACCUCAGGAGACAGCUGGACAGCAUCCUCGGGGAUAGAGGCCGCCUGGAUGCAGAGCUGAGGAACACGGAGGAUACGGUGGAAGACUUCAAGAGGAAAUACGAAGAGGAAAUCAACAAGCGCACAACAGCAGAGAAUGAAUUUGUGAAUCUGAAGAAGGAUGUGGAUACUGCCUACAUGAAUAAGGUGGAACUACAAGCCAGGGUGGACGCUCUCACAGAUGAGAUCAACUUCCUAAGAACCUUCUACGAUGCGGAACUGGCUCAGAUGCAAACCCACAUCUCAGACACGUCUGUGGUCCUCUCCAUGGACAACAACCGCAGCCUGGACCUGGACAGCAUCAUCGAUGAAGUCAAAGCCCAAUAUGAGGAGAUCGCUCAGAGGAGCCGGGCUGAGGCCGAGUCCUGGUACCAGUCCAAGUACGAAGAGCUGCGGGUGACAGCGGGCAGACACGGGGACGACCUGCGCAUCACCAAGCAGGAGAUCUCUGAGAUCAACCGCGUGAUCCAGAGGCUGAGAUCUGAGAUCGACCACGUCAAGAAGCAGUGCGCCAGCCUGCAGUCCGCCAUCGCCGAUGCUGAGCAGCGUGGGGAGCUGGCCCUCAAGGACGCCAGGAUCAAGCUGGCUGAGCUGGAGGAGGCCCUGCAGAAGGCCAAGCAGGACAUGGCCCGGCUGCUGAAGGAUUACCAGGAGCUCAUGAAUGUCAAACUGGCCCUGGAUGUGGAGAUCGCCACCUACAGGAAGCUGCUGGAAGGGGAGGAGUGCAGGCUGAAUGGGGAAGGCGUUGGACAAGUCAACAUCUCCGUGGUGCAGUCCACCACCUCCAGUGGCUAUGGCGGUGCCGGCGGUGUCGGUGGUGGCUUCGGCGUGGGUGGAGGCAGUGGCUACGGCGUGGGCGGAGGCAGUGGCUACGGCGUGGGCGGAGGCAGUGGCUACGGCGUGGGCGGAGGCAGUGGCUACGGCGUGGGCGGAGGCAGUGGCUACUCCUACAGCGGCGGUCUCAGCAUUGGAGGUGGCUUCAGUUCGGGCAGUGGCAGAGGCAUUGGCGGUGGCCUCUGCUCCUCCGGAGGCAGCGGUUCCACCAUCAAAUACACCACCACCUCCUCCAGCAAGAAGAGCUACAGGCACUGAAGUCCUGCCAUGGGCUCGUGGUCCCACAAUGUCUCAGGCUCCCUCUCCUGCUUCACUCCCCUUUUCUCCUGUUGCUUCCUCUCUCCUGCUUCCUUCUUCUCUUACUCCUUGAGUUAAAACUGAAGUUGCUGAGUGCCCUCAUGUCCCCUCUGCCCACACCUGCUGCACCUGAGCUCCACUGCUCACAUCGGAAGGUCACUGCCUGGGUGCUACUCCAGAGCAGGGCAAUCGCCCUAGCUUUCCACUGGCCCAGGAUGUCCCAUUUCACAGGUGUUGGUUUCUUCCUUUGCAGUGAUCAUGCAAGCACCCGUGAGUAGUGCUAUGGCACCAGUGACUAGUUCUGUAAUCUAUGGGUGUCUGUGUCCCUGUGAUGCUUCCUCUCUCUUUGCUCCAUUGUAUUGCGAAAUAAAGCAGGUUUAUAAUAUAA